GCCGCGGGCCCUGUGACGGCGGACCUGGCGGCAGCCGGCCGGCUGGCCUCCUUUCCUAUAAAGAAACAGGUGCUUCUGUGAUUAAUUCUCAAUGUAGUUUCUAUUCAGAUUUAUUGGUUGAAUUGCUGAAGAUGUCAUCAGGUCUUACAGAGGAACAAAAGAGGAGAAUUGAAGAGAACCGCCAGAAGGCUUUGGCUAGGAGAGCAGAGAGGCUAGCAGUCCAGAGAAGUGGGCAGGUGGGGAUCACUGGACCUCAAGUGAAAGAACAGAGUCCAGGAAGUUGGGGAAUCUUGAAAGAAGAAAACAAUCAUGUCAGGUUUGUUAGCCAGCACCAACAGAAUCCAAACAGCCCUGUAGAGCAGAGGGGCUGUCUUCAGAAAGAUAAUCAUUGCACUGCAAACCAACAGCUGGCUGGUUUGUGUGGAGAGCAACGAAAGAAGUGUUCAAAGGACUUGGAACAUGCAAGUGGCAUUAAGCAGUCCCCUGCAACCAUCCCGAAUUCUCUGAGUUAUUCUCAUAAACGUUGCCUGGAUGCUGAUGGUCAAGAACACGGUCAACAAACUUUAAAUGAUCUUGGAGUAUCCCAGCAGCCCAAAUGCUACCCAGCUUUCAAAUACCCUUCAGAACUAUCUCAUCCUAGAUUAACUGAUAAUGGGCACCCUGAUGGUAGUAAAGAUUUGCAAAACUGGGACAGGUCUGCCAUAAAAUGUGUUUCUGCACCAAGCAGUGCCAGCGACUUGGAAACACUGAGAAACACAAGCAGACCGUCAGAACGAGAGUGGGGAUGUGGUGCCUCUCACGCCAGCGGUAGGAUGCAAAAGCUGACCAGCUCUGCUGCUUCAGGCUCUACCUUUGAAGCUGCCCCUUGCAAGAAAGCCAAUAAUGUUACCAAAGGAAAAUGUGUUAAAUAUGGGGAAGACCGAUUCCAGGUCGACGUGGGAUAUAACACCGAACUCGUUGCUGUGUUUAAGAAGAUACCAAGCAGAAGCUACGAUCCUGCUAUGAAAAAAUGGAACUUCAGCCUGGAAGAUUACAGCAGUUUCAUGGAAGCAGCAAAUCAACUUUCGUCGGUAAUUCUGGCACCAUUGGAAGGAGAAAAUGCAGUUGGUUUGGCAUCAGGCUCUCGUUUUGUUGGCAGCACGGUUGAUGUGAAGUCCCUCCUGAUGAUGUGUAAGAACUGGAAGAAGCCCUCUGCCCUUGUCAAAGGGAAGUGCGUGCUGAUCUCUCGCUUGCGGUUUGAGGUGGAUAUUGGCUAUUCUGCAGAAGUGAUUGGAGUGUUCAGACAGAUGGAUUCCAGGAAUUAUGAUAUGAACACCAGAAAGUGGAAUUUCCUCCUGGGGGACUAUCCCAAACUGAUGGGAGUCUUGCAGGGCCUCGUGACAGUAGAAGUGGAGCCACUGCCAGAAGCAGUAAUACAAACCUUUGCUGCUCAAAUAAAGCGAUCUACACCACAGACAGACGUUCCUGAUGCUGACCUUUCAGUAGUGGACUCCAAAAUUGUGACGAGCCUCAUGCCCUUUCAGCGGGAAGGUGUGAAUUUUGCAAUUUUCAGAAAUGGCCGUUUGCUUCUGGCGGAUGACAUGGGCUUGGGCAAGACCAUCCAGGCCAUCUGCAUCGCUGCCUACUACCGGAAGGAAUGGCCCUUGCUGGUGGUGACUCCGUCUUCUGUGAGGUUUACGUGGGCAGAGGCAUUUCACAGGUGGCUUCCAUCCUUGAGUCCAGGUAGCACCAAUGUCAUAGUGACUGGGAAGGACAGCAUGACAGCAAGCUUGAUCAACAUCAUCAGCUUUGACCUUCUUAGCAAGAUGGACAAGCAACUCAAGAGCACUUUCCAAGUAGUUAUUAUUGAUGAAUCUCAUUUCCUAAAGAACGUGAAAACUGCACGGUGCCGAGCUGCCAUGCCUCUACUCAGGGCUGCCAAGAGAGUGAUAUUGCUGUCGGGAACACCUGCCAUGUCGCGGCCCGCAGAGCUGUACACGCAGAUUGCGGCUGUGCAGCCAGCCUUCUUCCCACAGUUCCACUCCUUUGGGCUACGCUACUGUGAUGCCAGGAAGAUGCCGUGGGGUUGGGACUACUCUGGGUCAUCCAACUUAACUGAACUGAAAAUUUUGCUGGAGGAGUCCAUCAUGAUCCGACGCCUGAAAUCAGAUGUGCUUCUCCAGCUCCCAGCAAAGCAACGCAAAAUGGUUGUGGUGGCUCCUGAGGGCAUUAGUGCAAAGACCAAAGCUGCCUUGGCAGCUGAAACAAAGAAGAUGGCCAAAGGAUAUGAGAGUAAACAACAGCAGAAGGAAGCUCUUCUCCUCUUCUACAACAGAACAGCAGAAGCUAAAAUCCACUCAGUCAUAGAAUACAUCCUGGAGUUGCUGGAAAGUGGGAAUGACAAAUUCCUGGUGUUUGCUCAUCACAAGAUAAUGCUGGAUGCAAUAGUUGAAGAGCUGGAGAAGAAAUGUGUUGGAUACAUUCGCAUUGAUGGCUCCACACCUUCAGCUGAGCGACAGUCUCUGUGCCAGAAGUUCCAGCUCUCAGAGAAGCAAACUGUGGCUGUUCUGUCCCUCACUGCUGCAAACAUGGGCCUGACAUUGUCAGCUGCGGACCUGGUGGUGUUUGCAGAGCUCUCCUGGAACCCAGGGAUUUUGAUCCAAGCAGAAGAUCGGGCACAUCGAAUAGGGCAGACCAGCUCCGUUAACAUUCACUACCUGGUGGCUAAAGGCACAGCAGAUGACUACUUAUGGCCAAUGAUUCAAGAGAAAAUCAAAGUGUUGGGGGAGGCCGGUCUUUCAGAAACUACUUUCUCAGAAACAGCUGAAUCCACUAAUUACUGCCCUAAGACUGAUCCAAAGCAGAAGACGAUCUACGACCUUUUCCAGAAGACCUUCUCUGAGAGCAGAGAUGACACUGAUGAAGUUUUGCUUUUGGAGGCAGCUGAUGCUUGCUGUGAAUUUGACUCUGGCAGUGCCUUGCAAGAUACAGGAGGAGAGACGUGUUCAGUGAGUCCCCCCAAAAAGCAGUGUAUUGAGGAGUUUUUUAAAGUGCAGCAGUGACAAUAAAAGACAGUGACGAAGAUUUUUUUUUUAAUUAAAAAAACCCACAAUCAAGUAUUAAAGUAUUUUAUUUUCGAAAAGUCAAAAAAGAGUAAGUUUUCUGUAUCUCCAGUGUGUUUCAUCUCAAAGAACACAAAGGCCGUCUGGCAGUGUGACAGAUGAGCAGCAUGCAUCUGGCAGCCUGCAGGUUUUGGAGACCUGACGUUGCUGGUGACUCAGUGGCCAUGGGCAAGUAAGCAUGCUGCUUUGUUUCAGCAAGUCAGCUUCCAGAGUUGUUUUGUUUAAAAAGCAGAUAAAGGUAGUCUGUCCUUAAGGCAAAACUGUUUUGAAAAACUAACUUCUGAACAGGCUGCAGAGUGCUUUUAACGAUCAGCCUUCUGGCUCCCCAGAAUGUCAGUCUGUGUUAAUAGGAGUCAGUUCACUAGCAAAAUUUGUCCCUUACUUUGGUCACUCACAAACUGGCUCUCUGCUAUUAAACUUGACAGUGAGGAGAAAAGAUGUUUUGUGGAAGGAGGGGAGAAGGAGAGCUGCAGAUUUUUGUCUGUUCAGAGCAGUCAGUACCUUGAAACUAAGCAGUAUAGCUGUCUUGCCCGGAGGUGUAUAUUGCCUGUUAGGCACAUCUGCUGAGCACACUGUCUCUGGCCUCAUCAGUGAAAUCUUAGGACCUGCUCCGUGGCACAUGCUUCUUGUAUCAGUGGAGAGUGUGUGUGUUGGUUGAGACUGAAGACUGAUUUCUACAGAUGAGUGAAGGGAGGAGGAUACGUGCAGAGUUUUGCUCUUGUUUUGUAAGAAACUGGUUCUGGACUGAGCUAUUUAAAUAAAAAGUUACU